AUGGGGAGGGGGGACUUUUCCUCACAACAUUACCGGAUGUGGAGCAACGGUGGGGAGGAGUGGAUGACUGCGUUUUUCAAGCGCAACUCGUUUCUGAAGAAGAAUGUGGCGAAGUUCGAUUUUGGCGGCGAGAAAAAUACGGAGGACAACGAGCACCUGUUGCACAUGCUGCAGUUCAGUAUCUUCUACGCGGCGUGCUUCCUCGGGUGGCAUUAUUUGAUUCCCUGGGGCGGAGCUGGGUCUGGGCGCGCGCGGUUCUUUAUCAAAUGCAAAAAGGUCUGGGUCUGGAAGAAUGCAGCUUGUGAUGCUGCAUUUGGAUUCCAAAAAAAUCUGUAUUGCAUGAGCAGCAAAGGGAGCGCAUUUUUUGCUACGCGGUAGUAGGGGCAUUUGUCAUGCCAAAUAGGCAUCAAGAAGCCCUCAAAAAAGGCGUGAUGCUAGAGCAUGCAUCACAGACAUCAUGGCUCAUGCAACACGUGCAUGACAAGUCUCAGAAUCUUGCAGACCCAGACAUGUUUACAGUUCAUAUUCUUCCGGUCCAAGCGAUCGGUGCAGCAGGAGGAGAUGCUGGUCACGCUGGAAAACGCCGUGGAGAAUAUCAAAUGCAAAAAUGUCUGGGUCUGGAAGAUUGCGAGAUUUGUCAUGCUGAUCUGGCAUGGCCCAUAAAUCUGUAUUGCGUGGCCACAAACAGCCUCUCUCGCCUGUCGUGCAAAAACGCAGUUUCUCAUGCGGAAUAUGCAGCACAGAAGCACGAAGCAACUUGUCAUGCUUGGCGGCGCAUUACAGUGCAUUUCUUAUUGACUGACUUGCAUCACAAGUUUCCAGGCCCAGACAUUUUUGCAUUCGACAGAGAACGAGGUGAUGCGAAGAUACGGGCUGAGGGAAGAGGAAAAUUUUCAGCAAGACGGUGGAAGUCACACGUUACCCGGCGUGGACGAGCGGCUGUCCGGGACGCGAAAUGCGGUCGACGCGUGUUGCGCGAAAGAAAGGCUGAACAGCACCUCUUGCACAUCAGAGGAGAACGACAGCAGUACUACAGCAACCCUUGGUGGACCACUCGCAACGAAAUGCACGGCGAGCGUGUUCGGAGCUCCUGGUGCCACGUCGUCCUCCACAGAAGACGGGUCGUUUGGCGAUACCUGGUUCCAGCAACAGCUCGAGAAACAUAUGGGUUGUAAAAAUGUCUGGGUCUGGAAACUUGUGAUGCAAGGAAGAGAAUAGUGCGCUCACUGUAAUGCGCCGCCAAGCAUGACAAGUUUUUUUCAUGGUUCUGAGGUGCGUAUUCCGCAUGAGAAACUGCGUUUUUGCAACACAGGGAGGAGGAGCUCUUUGCGGCCACGCAACACAGAGUACAGAGUCAUGCCAGAUUAGCAUGACAAGUCUCGCAAUCUUCCAGACCCAGACACUUUUACAUUUGAUAAAACAGCGCCACCAGCGAAUGCUGGAUGAGGAGUCGGAGGACGAAGAAGUCAGUAUCAAAAGGAAAAAUCCCCCCUCCCCAUAUCAAAACGGAAAUCUGUGGUGCAGAUUUGUGGUCACAAAUCAGGUCUGUCUUGCAGUAGAGGACUGCAGGCCCAUGACAAAAGUCCAUGCUGUAGGCCCAACAGCAUCACAAACCGCCGGUAUAAUGCGGGGGGCCUUGUGGGUUUGCCUUCUUGCGAGACAGACGCGAUUUGUGGCCACAAAUCAGCAUCACAAACUUCCGAAAGUAUACCUUUUCGGUAUGGGGAGGGGGGAUUUUUCCUUGUGAUAGUCAGCAGUGCGGAAGGGUCUGAAAAGGGUGAUGAUGCUGAACAAGAUAAUAUGAGUCCCUGCAAGCGUGUAUCAUUUGUAAAAGAAACGUCACCACCCCAUAGUUGUAAUGCAAUUCUGCAUGUUGAAGAUGUUUCUGAUGCGGAGCCCCAUGUUGAGAGGCAGUUUGUAGUCGGGUUUCGGAAUUUGUCAUGCUCCAAAUCCAAUCAGCAUGAUGCGCUAGAUUUGUGAUGCUGGUGAACUAGGUAUUAAACAGGAUUACUUACCCUACGAGGCCAGACUUGUCUUCAUGCGCAACAACCAAGGCUUAUGGAUUUGUCUAGCAAAUUUCCCACCUUGAUGACUGUGGGGUGGGGACGUUUUUACACGGGAUAGCGUGAUCGCAGCCCCAAGCAGAGUCCCUCGCGAAGGAGAAACCAGACGGGGAACAGUAUCAAAAGGAAAAAUCCCCCCACCCCAUAUCAAAACGAAGUUUGUGAUGCUGGAUUUGCGUACACAAAUCAGCUUUGUAUUGCAGGAGGGCAUUGCGGCCAGAUCCCCAGGCUAGGUAGGGGCGUACGGGUCUAGGUGCUCAGCAUAGCAAACGGCUCCCCUUUAGAGGGCCCAUCAGCAUGACAAAUCGCUUCCAGAAUGGGGCGGAAGCUUCUGCCCUUGUCUUCUUGCAAGACAAAUGUGAUUUGUGGCCUCAAAUCAGCAACGCAAAUUUUCGGAAGCAUACCUUUUCGAUAUGGGGAGGGGGAUCUUUCCUCUCAAUAGGCAGCAGCUCGCUCAGUCCUCCGGUGGAAAAGGGUAGAGGCAGAAACCACAAGGAAGCGGAUCAGGUGCAGACUGCUUCUUCCGCCGACUACCCAGUUUUGGAAUGGAAGCACAUUCUGCAGGAUAUCAAGGAGGGCAACGGUUACUACGACCCGGCUACGGGCGGAGGGAAUUCCGGGUCGGGAAAGAAUCAAAAAAUCGCCGGUGGUGCUGGUGCCGAGGUGGAGAUGAUUGAGGAACAAUUUUUCGCCGCGGGGAAUGAUAGUCAUAGCAGUGUAAUGAAUGCGGACGAGGAUGAGGAGAUCGAUUGACCGACUUCUGCUUACCCGGUGCUAGUAGCACUUCCUAUGCUAUACCAGAGCACCUAUCUAGGAUAACAUUGGGGGAUAGGAAAUCAGACCGAAGAUUUAUUGAGCCAGGAGAUUUCUGGCAUUCGAACUGUGCAAAAAAAAAAAAAAACAUGAGCUGUCGAAGAAUAUUACGCGAAUCUAGGUGGAGGUGGAGCAGAGUCUUAUUUGCAGCUACCCUUUUGAUUUGUGAAUUACUCCGAUCAUGAUAGGACGCUUUCCAACCACUGCUCUUAUUUGGCUAUUGAACUUGGGUUUUUAUCGCGACUGAAGAAAAUUUUUCACGAUAUUAAUAACAGCGACAGAUACAGCUUACAACCGAGACUGACGACGGGAGUAUAAAACCUUUACGUACUCUUCAGAAGAACUGCACUCAAUUUUUCAAAAAACAAAGAACUCGACUGAUUGCUCAUUUCUGAUUCCUUGCCACGAUUUAUCGGGCAACAACUGCGCAAAUGGUGAUGUUGACGAAAAAACUCGGGUUACUUAAUGCGACGUAAGUAGCAACGCAAAGAUUUGUUUGCAUUUUCCAAAGAUUUCUGGUACUACACAGUUUUACAGAUACAGGUCUACUUGUUGCGAAAUUUUCAUCAGACCAGGAUCGAUUGAGCUUAUUUGUUUGAAAAACUGCAGAAACUGAAUCUGAAACGCGAGCGUGUUUGUCACGACAAAAUGAUAACGAGCAAAGGCACUGCUUCUUCCUGCACUGUACACCGGGCACCCAUUAUCUAGCUGUAGAAAAAAAGCUUCUCGUAGAGGGCGGUUCCGUGUGCUAAGUAUUUGAUCGUUUUUCUUGGCAAAAGCUGGCCUCAUGUCAACAUGUCAUUUCGGUUGCGGAGACCAAUCUCGAGGCCUGCUCGCACAACAUGCCCAUCGGUUUUUUUGGAAAUCAAGUUUAUCUUUGUUGCGUCGGUCUAUUGCUGCAUCGUGUGAUACCAUGCCCAUUAGUAGCCACUCGGUCGUCUUUAACAAGUGACGAAUCUUUUCGGUUUUACUGCGUUCUCUCCGACAGUGCGGAUGAAGAUGCCUACAUCGGUGGUCACAAGGUCCAAACAAAUGUCGGUCUGGGCUUGCUUCUAGGAUGAUUGACGACGCAUCAUGUCUGCUUCGUUGCCUUCUUUCCAGCGGACGAGUACCCCGGUCCUGCAGCGCGUCAUCGGUCCUCUCGUGCGUCGAAAAUAAUGUACUACUUGAGUCGUACACAAAUGAAGAAACCAAUCUUCGGUAGUUCUUGUUGACUGUGCCUUGCAACUUUGAUUCUCGAUGUGGAGCAACGAACAGUCGAUAUUUUAAACCCCUGACCAUCGUUUUCUUCAUCGCAGCAGCAGACGGACACGCGGGGUCGGUUGCUUUCGUUUAUUUCCCCUGGCGAGUCGGUGAGUUAGUACUAUCGUGCUCGGCCAUUUGGAUUUUCGUGCGAGACUAAUGCAUCGUGCACUUCUCUUGGUUGAAAUGCAAGUGAAAGCAUCGGAGCCAUGUGUUAAGCUAGAACACUUUGAUGGACGUACAAAAGCCUUCUGCUUAUUUAACUCCAGUUUAAAAAUGGAUAGCUCAUCUGCUUGCGAUUUUCAAACACAAACAGCAGCGGAUUUUUCCCCCAAAUCUCAACGACUUUUGCUCCCCCAACUAACGAAACACAACCUAACGACGAAUCUGAGAAACCAACGGAAUCAAGCAUAAACCAAGUAAAGGGCUCUAAGGUGUGCGAAAUUUGUUGUUUUUCUCGAAAAUUAUACUUUACGCUUUAUUAAACAGUCAAGGUCAACAAGUUCAAGUUCAAGAAUAAACUCGACUGAGUACUUCUAGUACUUACAGCGAGAGACUACAACUCGGAAGAAAAAGCAAGCUGCUCGAAGUAAAAAUAUAAUUGGUUCCGACGACGUACAGGAACCGAGAAGAAAGGAACCGAGAAGCAGAUCUGCAGCACGCGACAGCAGAAGCAGAGUCAGUCCCGCGGUUUCACGACCCUGGACGAGAAGACGAAGACCACUAUGUCGGCCACGAAGAAUACCACGCCGCACAGCAUGGACACUCUGGGUAAGUCUUCCAUUUUGCUGGUUUUCGGUCGUCUUGUUUCUCGCCCCCGACCACCCCCAGGUCGGUGGAAACAGAGCAGCUUCAUAACUCUCCUCGUUUUGCUUUCGAGGUGGACCUUCGUCCAGGUCCACCCGAAUCAAAGAACUCGGUCGCGAUUAGCAAGACAAAUAAGUGGAUCGAUUCCGAAGACCCCACUUCGGCCGUAGAUCGGCACUAGCGUCGCAAAUUGGCCGACGGAUCAACCUGAAGAUCAAAGCACCAGUACGAUCGAAGGUUCCGGCAAUCUCUUCGCCAUAAAUUUGCGGCUCUGAUUUUAGCUCGUAAAAUAGCCUCAGACUACUCUCUCUGCCGCCCACCAAAUUUUGGGCGCGAUCACGAACAAGGGAAAGGGGAGAAGCAUCAGUAAGUAGCCCAAAUUUCGAGGCGGCAAAAAGUUGCAGAACGCCCACAAGCAUGCGAAGCCCAUGCCUUGUCUGUCAACUUUCGCCCCAGGUGCACCGGCUUCUCCACGGGAAACUAUCAGGGCUCGCAUGCUUUUCGCUUAACAAGUUCUAGAUUGCUAACUUUAAAACCCUUACACCGGAUAUCGUUAUGGCUUUAUAUUGGAAAGGCAAGAAAACAUAACGUACACACGACACGCACCGGAGUGCAUUACAAAGUGAGCACUACUCUGAUUCCUAGUGGUGUGCCGAUUCGUCUUUGCUUUUCUUUUGCGUCGCUUGUCUUUAGGGGCCGUUGGGGUACCUACGCUUGAAAGAAACUAAUCGACAAAAUCAGGCGGAGUCACAACCCCCGAAGAUGCCGGACCGACGACCACCAACGCCGACCUCUUGCCGUCCCCGCAGGGCAAGACGUGUGUAUGAAUUGCAAAAGUAGUAUCGCGCUUCUUCUAGUGAAAAUUGCAUUACAGAUUAGCUUGGCAUGAUGACAAAUUGAAUGCGUCGUAGUGAUGGCUAGUAGCAUUUUGGGGAGGAGAUUUUUCGUGAUCAUGCAUGACUGCGAUUAGUUUGAGAAGUACGGGUGCGAAGAUAUUACUUUUGCGCAGAAUACUAGUGUGCGCCGGACCCCUCUGCAGCCACGCUCCUAAAGAUCAAGUAUCAUAGAGAAAAGCACACCUAUGUUACCAGAAAAAGAGUGAAUUUGUAGUUGUGCUGAUGCUACUCUAAUGGCACAAAAAACUUGGGGAUCAUACUGGUCCGCAGGCAAUAUUCAUGCCUGUCAUGAUGUAGAAUGAGGUACCGCGCAGACAUGCAUUCGGAUUUGCGAUGCUGAACAGUAGACAUCACAAGCAGCUUACAUAGAAAAUUUGCAUUGCAAUUAUUUUUUGGCCUGGUAUGAGUGUGCUUUUCUGUCGUAAGAUAACAAGAACGGGCCGACGACGAUUGACAAACCCGUGCCGACGGGACCCGAGGUGAAGGGCUACUCGAAGCGCGCCGGCAAGCGGAAGCAGGUGGUCAUGCACCGCUACAAAAAGCUGGAGCUGCGCUACACCUGCCAGUUGCGGAUGAACAAGAAGACCAAGUUGGGCGCCGCCACGGCGGCCGCCGGGGCGCAGAUGUUCGGGGUUCCGUCGUUGGUGGGUAAUGGCGUGCAGGCUGUCCGUACUUCGCAGUCCACCUCGCAGAAUUUGCUGAAGCAGAAGGCGGCGCGCCUGGGCAAGGACGAGCCCGCGGGGGAUGGAAAGAACGCUGCCGCCGCUGCUGACUCGUCCGCGCCUGCUUCGUCCGACGCUGCGGAAGCGUCUGGCGAACAUGCUGGGGACUUUGCUGUCACGGCAGCUGGCGACCAGCGUUCUGACGCUACGGCCGGUCUGAGUGAGGCUGGUCCGCCUGGGGUGAUGAAAAAAACGGCGUUUCUGGCGAAGACGGGCACCGGUCGUGUGCAGCAGGAGAAAAAGGUCUGGCCGUGGAGUCGCGAGCGCUUGCCUGCGCGUACAUUUUUUCUUCGGCAAUUUUGCAGAAAAUUGGCUUCAAGUACUGGAUACAUUCGUAGUUAUUGCUAAUUCAUCUUUUUCGUUCGUUAUCGUUUGAAUUCUCCGCUCAUGUGGGGUGAGGCGAUGUGGCCCGUUGGUCAAAGACAGCUGAGGGCCUUGGACUACGAGGCCCAAGGUGUGUGGUGAUAUGAGCGCACUUUUUCCGAAUCAAAAUACAGGUUGCACCGACUCAGCCUGGGACGAUUUCAAGCGCUUUACUUGUGACAAGGUUGCGCGCACACUGGGCGACGCGAGGAAAGAAGCGGAGCGAGCCAGCGGAGCGAGGAAAGAAGCGGACGCGAUUGAACAACUUGUGUAUUUGCUUCUCAGUGGCAAUUUGUUUGAAACGCUAUUUCUCAUAGAUCAAAAUGCAAAAAUGAACAGGAUGAUAAGGAAAAGCCAAGAAGCCGAUCGAGCAAGGAAAAGGACCAAAAUACCACGAAAAGCAAGCAAAUUCUUGCCACGAUCGAAAGGAAAAGAAAAAAAAGACGAAGAGAAGAAGGAAAAGCAAGGAAAUUAGGUCUGAUUUCUUGUGAAUCCGCAUGAAAAACUGGCUUUCUUACUACUUUCAAGGAGCUGAGCCACGGCUACGGGCUUGUUAGGAAUGUGAAAAUAGCAUUAGAAACUGGAAAAACUAGAUUUGGAGUAAGGAAUUUGCAAUGCGAAUUUGAAGAAUUGAGGAUGUAGUUUUAGAUGGUGUUCACUUUUGAUUCGGUAUUGUUGCUUCUGAAAAAAUAACCUCUCCAUUUCGAAACUAGAUCCUUCAAACUGCGGGCCGGGAUCGCGCUUGCACCGACGCGCGAGAUUGAAGAGGCGCUCGCUGACGCGGAUGAAGUGGCGCAGGCCAACACCUCCAAGGCCAAAGCCACAUGGAUCAAGUCGACGUUUUCGGAGGCCGAGAAGUGGAAGUGGCACGCCGACGCCCUCCAGAUGCGUCGCGAGGAGUAUGCACUCGAUGCCGAGACAUUUCCUGGUGAAGGCACCCCGUGUAGUGGCUCCAAGCUCGGGAAAAAAUUCGAUCGACUGUUCGCCCUGUCGAAAAACGAAGGCGAGAAGUUCACUAAGGGAUGGCAUUGGGGGCUGAUUCGAGACGUCGAUUUCGCUGCGGCUUCCAUGGCAUGUGAAAUUGUCAACAGUCCGGACUGCCAACCCAAAACGACGGUCGAUCUUUCUGUCCAGAAAGACGCUCAAUCUUUCUGUGCCCAGAACCGUGGUUUCGGUCUUCGCGCAAGGCUUGGCGCAAAGAUGUCCCGCUGAAGAAACCGCAAGCGGUCUUGAUGGUUGAAAAAUAAGUAAUUACAACCAGCCUCAGCCUCCAGCGGCCCAGUCGGGGUCCAGAGCUGAGAAAGGAGGUUCAUUCCCUGCCCCGAAAAAUACACGCCACGCGAUGAAAGCAUUUGCCAGUAGUGCUUCGGAAUAUACGAUAAAAUAUGAUGAUGUGCGCGCGAUUAUACAUUCUAUUUCUAUCUUGGUUUGCCCUGAAGUGUGGCUCUUAUAUCGAAGCAGCCGUAGCGGUAGAAGUAGCUGCUGCGCACGCCAUGAAAAUUCUCCUUGUCCACUUGCGCUAAAGGGAAAGCGGCUGUUAUCGUUUUCACAAUCACAGAACCUGGAGUAAGAAGAAGCAGGGCUACACCAAUGUAGAUUUUCAUCUUCAUCGUUUUGUUUUGCGAACUAUGUAUUACGCAGCUAUCAAUUUUUUAUGACAAUUCCAUCUCCAAGGCCAAGAACUAUCUGUCAUUUUGUCUAGCGUAACACUUGUUUUCAGUUUGAGCAAUCUUCUUAUACAGUUGUUUUGUACCUGUUGUACACUUCCACCGCACCUUGCUUCUUCACCACCACCAACGAACAGCUACCUUACAUUAUUUCUUUCGUGAGCUACCUUACAUUAUUUCUGUUCGGGCACGUCCAGACGCGGCUUCACCUUUAGCGCAACUGAUGUACUAACGGAUUUUAGCCCUGUUAAACUACUUGACUAUAACCAAGCAUUUUUUAUCAUGAUAAAUAACGAACGACACAGGAACACCAGAACAGCUAAAAAGCGCAAGCGCUCUCAUAUCUGACGUUCCGAACUUCUAAUCUUGUCGUAUGCCUUUGUCUCACCUAAAAUAAACAAGAACGACUCGAAUGUGAGGACUAUUUCGUGGCGUUGCAGCAAAGUAGAGAGCCAUGGGACAGCACAGCUUCGAACCACAGGCGAAGGGAAGUAGUUAAGUCGGUUGUGGUGGGUUUAUUUCAUCAAUAUCUUCGUCUUCCUACUUUCCUGCCAACUGGAAUUCCGCACUUGUGAGCCGCGACGAGGUAACUCACCUUUGUCGUGUCUGUGCAAAAAUUGUCACGAAAGAUGAGAUUUUUCACGCCGCGAGCCAAUCUUCAAAGACCGAAGGAGGAAGGCCUCGGCCGAAGGGUUUUCGACUUGUUUGUGUCGAUGAAAUGAUAACGAGAAAUCGCUCGAUUUCUUGUUCCUCAG